GGAUAUUAGUGGCGCCCAAACUGAGUCUUGACAUCACUCUUAGGUUACUAGUGUGAGCGAUGUAAAUAGAAUAGGAUUGUAGAUUGGAAUCCAAAGUAUGAUCACAAUUCAUAAACUCAAACACUAGCUAAAACAGCCUUGAAUCGGUCGCAAUGGAGCAGUUACACUCGUUAUUCGUUUUCCAGUGCAUAUUGAGUCAGAUUGCAGAGUAGUCGUUAUUCAUCGUUUCUUCCGCUUUUUCCAACCAUGCCCAUAUUUAGCUUUACAUUAUUUUUUAUAUUGCUUUUGUACUUUUGUUAAUUCUCGAUAGGUGCACUUAAUCGUAGGGUAGGGACUUUGGUGGAUACAUAUAUGUAUACCAAGUAUAUAUAUACUUGUCUCAGAUCUUACGUUUUGGAUGACUGAAUGAUUGAAAAUCACUGUUAAAGAGUAAGAAGCCUUCAUUUGUGAUAGCUUUAAGUCAUUACAGUCAUAUGCAGUAUAUACCAUCACCAUUAGCAUUAAUUUUAGAUUAAAAUGAAUUAAAGCUAACUUUACUGGCUUAGUUAAAGUCGUUUUUAAUCUUGAUUUGUAUGUAAUACGGUACUACCAUAGACAGACACCAUCAGCGUAGAGCCUGGCACAUAUAUAUCUUGGCUAAAGUCAUACUACAUUAGCACGGCGUGAUGGGAGUAAUUGAGAUCGGAAUAGUGUAGCAGCAAAUGAUAAAAAGACUACAAAGUGUAUUUUCAGAAAUUUUUAGGAGCUCAUGUCUUUUCAUCUGAUCACCUGAACAUAGUCUGGUUCUGUAUUACAUAUUAGUAUGCUUUAAAUUGUCUAUUGUUUGCCAAAGUUGUUAUUUUCUCUGCCCAUAAAGUAACUAGACGUCUUAAGAGCCACCCAUUCAAGCGUUUCAUUCUGUCAAAGUUUAUCCCAUUUUAUCACACGACUAGUGAGUAUUACUCAGUUAUAUCGAGCUGCAAACUCUAUGCAGUAUCAGCGAUAUAUACAUACAGAUUUUUAAGCAAUAAAUCUGCUGUUCAUAUUUCGAAUGACACCUGCCAGUUUUUCAAUUUGUGUGCUUAAUGAGAAAUGUAUACUCUUGUGUAAUUUCAUCUGUUUUUAGUAUCCAGAAGUACUUCAUUUUUACUAUCACAUUUCUAUCUCCAAGUUAUGUUUAGGUUCAAUCGAAAUGAAAAUGGAUUGCCCAACCUACAUUGUGUGCAACCAUCAAAGGUAUUGGUUACAAAAUGGUCUUGGCAAGCACUUCCCAUGUGGGCUAACUUCCCUGUGCAACAUGACGGUCAAACAAUCAGUAAUCUCAUGGGGAAUAAGAGCAAAGUAGAAUCACUUACUGUUUGUGAUAUUACAGAUGCUUCGAUUUCGAAACAAAAUUCUUUCGAUGAACCAUCCAGUUCCUUUGUUACUCCACACUCAAGUGCUCCUCCAUUGUCUACUGUUGUUCAGCCUGAGGAUGAAAUAAGACUAGUUGAGUUUCUUAAAGUUCAUGGAUUUCGGUGGUAUCAAGUUGUGAUAUUUCUCAUUUCUAUAAUCAGUUACCUCGCAGACAUUGCAUCCGAUGCAUACUUGGUUUAUACGUAUUAUAUUCAGGUUAGUAUGAUGUCAUUUUAG